AUGUUUAUUGGUGGAUUGAACUGGGAGACUACAGACCAAUCACUCAAGGAAUACUUUUCCCAGUUUGGAGAAGUCCACGAAUGUACUGUUAUGCGAGAUGGAGCGUCUGGUCGAUCGAGAGGGUUUGGUUUCCUUACAUUCACUGACCCAAAGACUGUAAAUACGGUCAUGGUCAAGGAGCAUUACUUGGAUGGUAAAAUUAUCGACCCUAAACGAGCAAUACCUCGAGACGAACAGGAACGGACCAGUAAGAUUUUUGUUGGUGGAGUGAGCCAGGAAGCCACCGAACAAGAGUUCAAGCAAUUUUUUAUGCAGUUUGGCCGCGUUGUCGAUGCAACCCUCAUGAUUGACAAAGAUACUGGGCGGCCUCGAGGAUUUGGUUUUGUUACCUUUGAUAGUGAAGCUGCUGUCGAGGCAACCCUCUCAGUCCCUCUGGAGAUCCACGGGAAAGCAAUUGAGGUAAAAAAGGCGCAACCUCGCGGCAACCUCAGAGAUGAUGAGGAGAGCCGGCGGUUAGGCAAACGUGGGUUCCGCGAUGAUCGAUUCAAAGAUGACCGUGGCAGUGGAUCCGAUUCAGGCCAGCAAAGCAAUACCCAGAACCAAACAAACAUGGCGGGUGGCAUGACACCACAAAUGAUGGCCCAAUAUUGGCAACGGAUGCAACAAUACUUUGCUCUAAUGCAGCAGCAAAUGGCUUCUGCUCAGGCCCAAGGCAUGAACCCGGCCAUGGGAGGCAUGAACCCGGCUGUCCUCCAACAAAUGCAGCAGAUGCAGCAGAUGCAACAAAUGAAUCAAAUGAAACAACAGCCAGGUGCUCAGCAAGGAGGAAUGCCUCCAGCCUCCCCGACACCCCCCAACGCACAAGGCAUGCAAGGAAUGAUGAACCCCAUGCAACAACAGAUGCAAAUGCAACAGAUGCAACAAAUGAACCAAAUGCCAAAUCAAGGCCAAACAGGACCUGGAUUCACAGGUGGUGGUAUGGGUGGCCAGAUGGGAGGAAACGUUGCUGCUGGCCCCGGCCCAACUGGUUCAGCUGGCACCCCUCCAAUGCCUGGAAACUUUGCAAACAACAGGGGAGGUCCAGGGUACAAUGCCCAGGAACAAAUUGCAUUCGAACAACAGAAGUAUGAACAGCAGCAAGCUCGACGGGCGGCCGAUCCGCGGACAUUCCCAGGAUAUCAGCAAGGCAACCAAUCUUGGGAGGGGAUGUAUGAUGAUACCCCCCAACCUAACCUCCCGACUGGUCCUCAAGGUAUGGGCCGUGCUGGAAGCGCUGGAGGGCCUAUGGGACGGGGUAUGUCUCCCAAUGUUGGGAAUAAGCCUCCGCAACCAGUUGCAUCGCCUCAGCCACAGAGUGCUCCUCCCGCAAAUGCUCCUACCGGCCCCCGAAAUGCUGGAAGGCCGGGUGCUAACUAUCGUGGAGGAGGACGUGGAGCCCACCGAGGCUUCCAUCCCUAUUCCCGCGGUUGA